UUCUGCUCCUGAAACACACGCCAGCGGAGCGAGGCUGUACCUGCGCCCAUCAGCCGUAGGGGCACAUCAGGAUUUUAACACCGCCUUGAAACAGCAGUACCACGCACUUUAAAGACUAAGCCUUCACUUCUGAGCAAUUACAGGAGCAAGGAUAAAAUAACUAAGAUAAAAGAAGACCGGCGUCAUAUAGCGCACCUGAAAGUUUCUGAUUCCUCGAGAAAACAGUUUCAACAGCUCCUCACAGGGUAUUUUAUGGGAAUUGGAUUGCGGGCACAGUCCACCUAAGAAGUGCAGGUAAACUAUGACCUCCUUGUUUUUGCUGUGUGCGUGUCUGCGUGUCAUCGCAGCGACGAUAUACUAUGAGGAAUUGUCAGGAACGGACUUCGAGAGCCCGCUGAGUGUGAGCAUUCCUCUAGAGCGGCCACUGCGCCCCCUGCUGGGGGGAAAGCUGGUCGUGCCAUGCUACUUUCAGGACAACACUGUCCACGAUCCCGGCGCACCCACCAUCACCCCUCUGUCCCACCGCAUCAAGUGGAGCCGUGUGACCAAGGACAAAGUGACAGACAUCCUGGUGGCCAUGGAGGGCAAAGUGCAGAUUCAGUCAACGUAUUUAGACAGAGUCACCAUGGUCCACUACCCCACAGUGCCUACCGACGCCUCCAUUGAGAUCACGGAGCUACACGCGAAUGAUUCCGGCACCUACCGCUGCGAGGUCAUGCAUGGAAUUGAGGACAACAAUGAUAAUGUUGAGAUCCAGGUGCAGGGAAUCGUGUUCCACUACCGCGCCAUCUCCACCCGCUACACGCUGACCUUCGAGAAGGCCAAGGCUGCUUGUAUCCAGAACAGUGCCGUGAUCGCCAGCCCAGAGCAGCUCCAAGCCGCCUACGACGAUGGCUUCCACCAGUGUGACGCUGGCUGGCUGUCCGACCAGACUGUCCGGUACCCUAUUCAUGAGCCGCGAGAACGUUGCUAUGGUGACAAGGAUGAAUUCCCCGGGGUCCGAACGUAUGGAGUGAGGGACGUCAAUGAAACCUACGAUGUGUACUGUUUCGCAGAAAAGAUGUCAGGCAGAGUUUUCUACUCCUUCUCUCCGGAUAAAUUCACCUUUACUGAGGCGGAGGAGCAGUGUGUGAAACUGGGGGCUCAAUUGGCCACAACCGGCCAGCUGUACUUAGCCUGGAAGGCAGGCAUGGACGUGUGCAAUGCAGGCUGGCUGUCAGACAGGAGUGUCCGGUACCCUAUUAACAUCGCCAGGCCACAGUGUGGAGGGGGACUUCUUGGGGUGCGCACGGUAUACCUCCAUCCGAACCAGACUGGCUACCCCAACCCAGAGUCCCGCUAUGACGCAAUCUGCUACGAAGACGAAGAGGAGGGUUCGGCCAUGACUAUGACAUUUCCAGACCUGCAGACCGCCACCGAGGCAGGCAGUAGCUUUGUCAGCAUGGCCACUGUCACCGAAGGCCCUGAGGUUUUCCUCAGGAACGCCACCAGAGAAAGCGAGCUGAUGGGCGUGGUGGCGACGCAGGAGCCAGUGAACAUCACGGGCACGGAGGGAUUGGAGACAGUCACAGUGGAUCUCGUUGGCGCCGGUGACAAUGUUACCGAGUUGCCCCUGUCCCCACCUCCGAGCUUCACUGAGGACUACCUGAACAUCACCGACAUUGAAGAGGAGAUCAUCGGUCAAGCGACUGCUGUGCCUGGGCUAGAGGGAAAGAUUACUCCUGAAAAUCACACUAAGUCUGUGCCUUCUGUCACCGGUGUUGUGUUCCACUACCGCGCCGGCUCCAGUCGCUACGCCUUCACCUUUGUGGAAGCCCAGCUAGCGUGCCAGAGCAUCGGCGCCGUCAUCGCCAGCCCCGAGCAGCUCCAAGCCGCCUUUGAGGGCGGCUUCCACCAGUGCGACGCCGGCUGGCUCCUCGACCAGUCCGUCAGGUACCCGAUCGUUUUCCCACGGGAAAAAUGUUCGGGAGACUUGAAUCAGGUGCCUGGCGUCAGAAGCUACGGCCUGCGGCCCGCUGGUGAGCGGUACGAUGUGUACUGCUACACUGACAGCCCCAAAGGAGAGGUGUUCCAUGUCAGUUCGAGCGAGGGCUUUACCUACGAUGAGGCGGUGAGCCACUGCCUGGAGCUGGAAGCCGCUCUGGCCUCCACGGCUGAUCUGCACGCUGCCUGGCAGCAAGGCUUUGACAAGUGUCGCCCAGGCUGGCUGAGUGACCGCAGCGUCCGUUACCCCAUCACCAAGCCGACGCUUCAGUGUGGGGGAGGGAAAGCGGGGGUCCACACUGUCUAUAGCUUCCCCAGUCAGACAAGCUACCCAGACCUGUACUCCAAAUAUGAUGCCUACUGCUUACGGGUUGAUCUAAUGGCACUUAAUGAAACCAAAUGGAACAUUACGGGGAUUGAAGAGGAUCUGAUCAAUAUUACAUCCAUAACUGAUCUCCGAAAGCCCGUGAGCCCCUCAAUAGCUCCUCCUAUCUCUGUUGAUAUCUCUGGCUUCGGUUCUACGGACCUGCCUUCUGGCACCAGUGGCAGUGGCAUGUUGUCUGGCACUAUAUCAGGUCUGGGUGAAGACGUUUCUGGAUCUGGCCUCAGUGGAGAUGGGUUUGACGUUCGGGUUACUCUCCAGGGAAGCGGCGAGAUGUUGUCCGGAGAGGGAUCUGCAUCUGGGAAGCUCCAGGAGGCUGGAGAAGGAAGUACUGGGAUCCUCACAUUCCCAUCUGGGAUGGGACCAGGAGACUUCAGUGGAUUUCCUCCAGGAUUCAGCGGGGACCGGUCAGAAUCAGGCAGUGCUUCAGGAUUCAUUCCUGAAGAUGGCAGCACUGCAAUAUUUAGUGGUUCAGGAGAGAGUGGAGACUUCUCUGAUGUGGCAUCUGGGUCAGGUGCAAGUGGGGACUUCUCUGGAUACAGUGGGAUACCAUCUGGAUUUUUACAAUCUGGGGACAUUAGUGGUUUCUCUGGAGACCUUGAUGGUAGUGGGGAUUCCAUAAUUAUUCUGCUAGAUGGCAGUAUGGCAGAUAUAUCCAAAUCCCGGACCUCUACAGAAGAGGGUAGAGGGCAGGUGGAAUUCAGUGGUUCGGGAGAUAUGUCAGGAUUCGGAUUGAGCGGCUUCUUCAGUGGGGAUGUCACUGGCCUUGGAUCUGGACUCAGUGGCUCGGCAUCUGGAAGUGGCUUUGAAUUCCCUGAAGUGACCUUUUUGGACUCUGACAUCAUUCAAGUGAUAAAGAAACCAGUAGAAGGACAAGAAGCUUCUGGAAUUUUGGACUUUUGGAAUUCUGCCGACAUGAGUGGAUUUCAUUCUGAGGAUGUUUACGAUUAUUCUUCUGGGGCUUCUGGCAUUCCAGAAAUGAGUGGGAUUUCAGGUCUCCCAGAAAUGAGUGGGGCUUCUGGUCUUCCUGAUGUGAGUGAGAUUUCAGGUCUCCCAGAAAUGAGUGGGGCUUCUGGUCUUCCUGAUGUGAGUGAGAUUUCAGGUCUCCCAGAAAUCAGUGGGGCUUCUGGUCUUCCUGAUGUAAGUGAGAUUUCAGGUCUCCCUGAAAUGAGUGGGGCUUCUGGUCUUCCAGAUGCGCCCAGUGCUUCCGGCCUACCAUCAGGAGAGAUCUCAGGUGCAUCUGCGAAUGGGGAUGUUGUUCUUCUUACAGAGGAGGAGAUGGUUGAGAUUUCCAUAAUCCCCAAGAUUAGCCAGGAGCUCGGCAAGGGGCCGGUGGAGAUCAGUGGCGCAGGUAGUGGAUCUGUGUUUAUAUCUGGGAGCGGAGACCAGGUUGGUUCUACAAGCGAAGUCACAUCGGGAGCCUUCUCAGGAGCAACUCCCCAUGAUCACGCAUCGCUGAUCCAUUUCUCUGAGCCUGGGGAGCAGGAACUCAAAAGCACAUUUAUGGAUGAAAAUCCACAGGAAUCUCGUUCAGAGUUGGUGGAAUUUAUUAGCAAAUACUACGCCACUGCUCUGGUUCCCAGUGCUGCUCCCACGUCACCAACCGUCUCUCUACCAAUCCCAGAAGUAAUGCAGGAGCCUGCAUUUGCAGAUGCUUUCAUCGACCCGUGUGACCCAAACCCAUGUGGGCCUGGUUCGUGUUCGGUACGAGGUGACAUUGCCCACUGCCAGUGCCCUCCGGGUGUCACUGGAGAUGCCUGCCAGCUGGACGUCCACAGCUGCGAGGAGGGCUGGGUGAAGUUCCAGGGCAGCUGUUACCUGUACUUCCUUGAACGUACGCCUUGGCAGGACGCAGAGACCCGCUGCCAGGGCCUCAAUUCGCACCUGGUCAGCAUCCUCACUCCAGAGGAGCAGGACUUUGUCAACUCCAACACACAGGAUUAUCAGUGGAUUGGACUCAGUGACAAGGCCGUAGAGAACGACUUCCGCUGGACAGACGGCAGCCCGAUGCAAUAUGAGAAUUGGAAGUCAAACCAGCCGGACAAUUACUUUAACUCGGGUGAGGACUGCGUGGUAAUGAUCUGGCAUGAAAACGGCCAGUGGAACGACGUGCCGUGCAACUACCACCUACCAUUCACGUGCAAGAGAGGUCCCGCCUUUUGCGGCACCCCUCCUGAGGUGAAAAAUGCCAGAACAUUCGGGAAGAAGAGGGACCGCUACGAGGUCUACUCGGUGAUCCGUUACCAGUGUGAAGCCGGCUUCGUACAGCGCCACCUGCCUGUGGUUCGCUGCCUGGAGGACGGGCAGUGGGAGAAGCCGCGGGUGGAGUGCAUAGGGCCGACGGGCAGCAGCAGUGGGCAAAGUCUACGGAAAAGGUCCGUCAGGACCCAAUCAGAAUCAGCCAGCAGCACAUCCUGGGGAAAACUCCGCUAAGCAGGGGAGGAGAGAGGUUUAAAAAGAUCAGUUUAAAAAGAACAAUUAUAUAAGAGUCAUUUUCUGAAAACAAAGAGAUUAUAACAUAAGAGUGCCCACCUUGUAUAUACAAACACCGAAACAAGUUAGACAUAAUUGUGUAGUCCAUUUGGGUUUCUGAUUGUCAUUCUUUGCGGAUAAAAAAGUGAUGAUUUUAAUUUGGUUUUCUUCUUCUUACACCUGACACACAAAAACACCUGUAACUCCUUCUUUCGUUAUUUGGAUUUUAUUCUGAGUGUAGUAGAUUGACCACAGAGCUUUGGAAAAUCGUAGGACGGGUGUGUCCUGGAUCUCGUAACCGCCGAGUGCCUCUCGCCAACGCUAUUCCGGAACGCCAUUUUUUCGGAACGAAGCCUUUCAUGUUGACGUUCACGUAACAGCCGCCUCCCUCGGCCCGUACCGUCUGUGGUUACCAGACUAGCUGGCGCUUGGUAGUGGAUCACCACCAACAGGAGACCAGACUUCCCAGUCCACGCGGAAGAGCAGGGAGAAGGAGGACAAGAGAAUCUGGGAAUCUGAAGGUGUGUGUCGAACACCUGCUGGCUCAACCUGGGAACAGGAAGGGAGAAAUUUUAGGAAUUAUAAUAUUAUAUGUACUAAAUUAAGGCUUGGCAACAGAACAAUGUUUUUGGGAACCGGGGUGGGGAGGGAAAUGGGGCAGUAGAUUCAGCACCUUCUACAAGCUUGUUUUAUGUUAGCCUUCACUGGAACAACUUGUAAGUCCUGUCUGACAGUGAUAAAGGGCAUGGAAGGGACACAGCCGAUUAAUCUCAGCCUUCAGGGAUCCACUCUCCUCAGUCCUCAGGCUUUCUGGGGGCAGGUAGGUCUGGAAAUGUGAACACUGAAUUAUUUAUUAAUUAGUCCCAGUGCCAGGGUGUGAUUGGCACAAGGGCCGAUGGCGCCCUGCACUCUGCCGACCUGGCAUGCCCCACUGCCCGUCUCUCACCCAAAGGUAGACCAUUAACAUGUUCUUUGUCUUUAUUUCCAUGUUUUUCGGAGUGGGAUGCUUCCCUUCCCAUUGUUAUUUGUUAGACCCCCCGUUUUUACUU